AUGUUGCGGUGCACCCAGACAGGUGUGAAGGCAGGCAAGGCAAGCACCAAGGUGAAGGGUGAUGUCCUUUGCGAGGCAAGUUUUGACAUCGGUGGAGUUGGGGCUGGUUUGGAUGAUGCCAAGGUGUUGGGCAACGCACCAAGGUUGCAUUGGGCAACACGAGGACGCGCAGGGCACAAGGGACACGUCGUUGGACUUCACUAUGGGUUGGGCGUAGAAGGCAGUAACGCCCGCAUAGGGGUAGGAGGAGGCGACUGCGCAAUGACUUGGGCGAUUCCCUUGGCGCUAGAGAUUGCCUCAACGACAGCACCCCUAGGCAUUUGGAGGCGACGCCAACUGGGCAGAGUUAGGCUUCAGUGCCGGUGGAGUUGGGGCUGGCCUAGGCAGCUGGGCGCUGGCCUAGGCCUAGGCAAUGCUAGGCAGAAUGGCUCAACUGGUGGAGCCCAAUUGGACGGCAGUGUUAUUCUUUACGAGUUUCUAAGUGGCACCAAUCUUCGCGAUAAGGCUCCAAGGAGACGCGGUGUUCAACUAAGUGGUGCCAAGUGUCUCUUUGGGCCACUGAGAGACGACGGGCGACGUCCUAGCAUAUUGGGUAGCAAUGCUUGGUGGAGUAUUAGACAAUCAUAA